ACGCAUACUGCAAAUGAAGGCUGAAUGGUCCUGGACUGGCUAGCCACCAAAAUGCACACAAAACAGGAUCAUCAUAACAGCUACCAACUCAUACAAGAAGGAAAUAUUGAGAGAGUGAGCUGUGCUCAGCUCAGUACCAAGAUAUUAUGUUUAUACUAUUUUUUAUUACAUUAGAUCCAGGAAUUGGAAAAUAAAUAUAUUCAGUCCCACCAGCAAAUUGAGGAAAUGGAAAAAGUAAUUAUUGAAAAGGACAAGGCUCACACUCAGAAACAUGAAGAGGUUAUAUCUGCAGAGACCAAAAUCAGCCAUCUGAAAACAAGCAUAGAGAGAUUGGAGAGUGAAAACUGUGAUCUAAAAGUUUGUAUUGAAAAACAAGCCAAGGAGAUAGCUACUUUGCAAAACGCAAGUCAGCAUGAAAAUGUGACUGAGCUUGAACUGCGACUAUACAAAGUUCUGUAUUUAGAAGAAAUGGAUCGAUGCAAAGCUUUGGAAGAAAAACUGAAGGGAUAUAGCGAGAGACUGGCUGAAUCCUAUAAAGUGCUUCUUACCAAGUCACAACAGAUAAGACUGACAUCGCCCAAAAAUGAAAAAGGAUCUCCGGUGACAUAUGCAUUUUCUGAUUUACCCUCCCUUUUACUUAACCUGGAUGGUACACAGGCUUCACAAACUAAUAAAGACAUUUCUGAAACAAGUACUCUGCUUCCAGCUAAUGACAGUUUAUCUGUUAACAAUUUAAUAGACUGGCACAAUAAGCAGAUGGAGCUGAAGAAAUAUAAAGAUCUUUAUAGUGAAGAAGUGAAACGUUCUAAACUUUUGGAGGACAAGAUAAAUGGGUAUGAUACAAAGUUGUCUGAAGCCUGUAAAAUACAACUGACUAAGCAGGAGCUUGCAAACAAUAAUGAAUGUGCAACUUCAGGGGGUACCAUUGGCUCAAGCUCAUAUUCAUGUAUCACUAGUAAGUUUGGUGGUACACAAGCUCAUCAAAAAUGGAUGCAAAAUUUUGAAAGAAGACCUGAACUCCCAGAUAAUGGUGUCUUAUCUUUUAACAACUAUAUAGAGAGCUAUAAUAAACAGAUGAGACAGAGAAUGAAACGACUUUCAAAGGAACUCAGUCAUGCAUUUACAAAACUUGAUUAUUUUCCCUGAUUGAUUCCUGUAUCAGUGCUUCCAUGUGGACCAAAGCUAAAAAAGGGAACAAACCUUCAACAAAACAAGAGCAAUGAAAGAGGUUUUAAUUCUACUGCAUAAGAAAGACAACUUUAAUGCCUGGAAAUCAGCAUGAAGAACAUGUGAAAUGACAAUCUGCAGCCAUGCGGUUAUCCAAAAGCUUGGUAUUGAUAUUACUGGGCAAGCUUUAACUGUGAAAGAAGUACACUGUAUAUAAUAAAAAAAAAGUUGUCUUAUAAUCCUGCAUCCAUCCAACAGACAUGCUAAUACCCAAGCUGGAAAAUAUUUUUUUCUUGUAUACCAUCUAAUAUUAAUACUAUAAUGGGUAUUUUUUCUCAGUUUUUUUAUUAUAAAUAUGUAGCAUUCCUCAUGCAUGGCUAUCCUUGAUGUACAUUGUAGUUCAAUAGACUGUAUAUACAGGAUUUAUUUAUUGAGCUAUAGGUGAACUAAUUGUUUCCCAAAUCUGACUGGCUCCAGAAUAAAUUUAUUACAUUUUUAUAUAAUAAUUUAUUUUUUCAAGAGUAUAUAAUUUGCUAUAUAUUUUUUA